UGUAUGUGUGCGUGCAUCAAAUGUAUACGUCCAUGUGUCACACAUUUGACGUACCUCGGUAUAUAUAUCCCGACGCCACUUGUCAGUUUCGCUCAACCGGCAGCACAUCGAGAUUUCCAGCCGAUGGGCAGUCACGUUUCGAUAUUUGUUUGAUCGUUGACUUGUCGACGUGCGAUCCCUUCCGGGAUCGCUCGGUUAAUUUGCAAUCGCGACCGAUAUCACAGCGCGUGUCAAAUCGCGCGGGAGACUUUUCCAGCCCGACAAGUGAAUAUAUUUCUCGCGCCCCACGUUCGUCGCACGACGUUCGCGUGGGGCCGUUGACGGAUUGAUACGAUCGUUUUCCAGCCCGCUGGGAGCGCGUAACGAAGUCUCGGGUGAAGAUUACGGGUUCUUGAUCCCGCCGGCCGCGUACGCCCGUUACCCGGACGUGUACGAAUCGCUGUUCGAGAGAGAGAGAGAGAGAGAGAGAGAGAGCUACAGUUUCACCGGGACCACGCGAUCAAUCUUCUCCGCGUCGCUGAGCGUUGACGCGGCGAAUUUUUGACAGUUCGAUGUGCCGCGAAUAAAGGAAAGCGAAUAAAAGAAGUGCGAUCGUUCCUGAUAUCUGAUGAUCUUUCGCGGCCGAACGAGAGAUUUGAUCAAGAAAGAGUGAGCUAAGAGAGAGAAAGAGAGAGAGAGAAAGAGAGAGAGAGAGAGAGAGAGAGAGAAAGAGAGAGCUCGGAUCACAGAGAAAAUGUCCCAUCAUCUACCGAGCGGGCAUGUCGUGCUGCGCGAAACGUCACGCCGUUUGCCGCAUCUACGUUGGAUUAACAUCGGACCGCGAAAUCCGCCGCGGUGAAUGCAUCGUUCAUCGUCUGUUCCCUCGACGACUCGCUCUGCGACGAGAAAAAGGAGAAAAGUAUCACACGCGCCUCGAGUGACCGCAGGAUCGGCCACGUCGGGCAUCAAGUGCGUAGAAACGACGGCGCCGGUGAUCCUCGUCGUGAGAAUAAUCGCGCUCGAAGAACGAUGCGUGGAUACGUAAGCGCGAUAUAAUUUUCCACCCCGUCGUCGUUAAUCGCGUUUCUUCCGCCGGGAACACCGGCGAGAAACCAAGGUGUUUCCCCGACGCGAGUAUGAGAGCAGCCGCAACGCAGCCGCCAAGGACUUGAUGCGCAAGACGCGCGGCAAUCUCGAUCCCGUUGUCUCACGCCGUGAGACGCGCGUUUAACAACGCGGCGUUUCCGCGAUCGUGGUCGUUAAUUUACGUCACGGACAAUCAAAUCCCGCCGCUGCUGCAGCUUUGUGGCCGCGUAUACACGAGACACGCGGCAGGCGUUUGUGAAUGAAUGAACGUCGACGUAGAUGCGAUAAUAGAGCAGUCGAAGAGAAACGAGGAGAUUUUAAUCUUACGAAGUGUUGCUCACCCCAUCGUCGCCGUUGCGCCAUUUGCCGACGGAAGAAAUUUAUUAAGGCGUCUCCGUUGUCACUCCGGCACGUUGGCGAGGCGUCAUCGGGCGGCGACGAAUUAGCGGUGUUCGCGCGCGGUGCUGCAAAGCGCUCUCGCGGCGCGAAACGAGGUGGCAGCUGCCGUCGUCUUCUCACCGUCGCUUCGCGAUCUCUCGAAAUCGCCCUCGUCCUGAUGAGCGUCCUGUGAUGUACGUAGUCGAAAACGAGCAGCAGGAAUCGCCGUGGGAAGCCGCGAGACAAAGAGGCGUAAUGGCACGUACGGAGCUUGAUUUUGUCGGCCGGGACAACGCGAAGCUCUUCAACGACCGGAAUACCAUCGCGUACGAGAUCAGCAACAACGAAACUUAUCUGAACAACGAAACUCUGCUGUACAACGUGUCGCUGAAUGAAGAUUACAUCUUCGACAGGACCGAUGUGAAGGUGAUCUUCAUCACGCUCUACACCAUCGUAUUCGUCUGCUGCUUCUUCGGUAAUCUGAUGGUGAUCUUCGUGGUGACGUUUUCCCGCCGGUUGCGCAGCAUCACGAACUUCUUUCUGGCCAACCUGGCGGUCGCGGACUUCUGCGUGGGCAUAUUCUGCGUCUACCAGACGCUCACCAACUACCUGAUGAACAGCUGGCAGCUGGGCGACUUCCUUUGCAAGGUGUACAUGUUCGUGCACGCGCUCUCCUACACGGCGAGCAUACUCAUACUGGUGGUGGUGUGCACCGAGCGUUACCUCGCCAUCGUUCAUCCCAUCAAGUGCCGGUCCAUGUUGACCAGAAGCCGACUGCGGAUAGUGAUAGGUGUAGUGUGGAUCGUGGCGGCCGUUUACGCCUCGCCCAGGUUCUUCUACGUCGAGACCAUCAGCAAUCGUCUCAACACCGGCGACGUCGACAUCAUCUGCGUGGCCAACAUCAAGAAGCACAACAAAAACGUCCUGGACGCGGUGAACCUCGUCUUUCUCUACCUCCUGCCGCUCUUCCUCAUGUGUUGCUUGUACACCAGGAUCGCCGUGGGUCUUUGGAGGAGCGGCGCGACCCUCGGAGGACCCGGCCUGGUCGCCCGGAGCAGAAACGGCAGGGUUCAUCAUGUGCACACCUCCAGCAAGAACGUGCUGAGGGCGAGACGCGGUGUUAUCAGAAUGCUGAUCGCCGUGGUGAUGAUGUUCGCCGUGUGCAACCUGCCCCAGCAGGCGCGCAUCGUGUGGCGACAUUGGGGCCCGAAUUACGACCGCACGUCGGACUUCAGCACCUUGCUGACCGUGUCGACCUUCCUGAUCUCGUACAUGAACUCCUGCCUGAACCCGCUGCUGUACGCUUUCCUGUCGCGCAACUUCCGCAAGGGGAUGCGCGAGCUGCUGCACUGCAAGGGUGCCAGGACGCACGGCAGCGCCCUGGCGAUGGCCUGCGCCGGUGGCGACCAGAAUCGCCACGAAAACGGCAUCAGCACGCACCUGCCUCACAGCUCGGUGGUACGGCUGAGCUCUGUUCAGGACAGUCCGUGCACCACGCAGACCAUCACCCGGCAGAGCACCUACAGCCGGAAUACCUAGUGAACUGUCGUCGUCCUCGGCGCGAGUAGAUCGCGAGGCUCCUUCUCGGACAGGCGAGCGAGCGGCUGCGGGAUCUUUGCGGAGAGCCCGCGUCGACGCGCCGCUCUUGCCCCGAAGAGCCUGCUCGAAGCGAUACGUCGGAAAAUCACUUUGUGAUCUUUCGAUUCGGCUUCGAGUUGGACAACGAGUUCGUGAAUGUUGGAGAUGUCGGUGGUUCUGGCCGCCUGGCAGCCUGCGUACGGACAGAUCCGUCGUCGCAUCCGAAUGUUAAUGAGGUGAUCCUAUAAUGAACGUUUCGCCGAGAGAGAGAGAGAGGGAGAGAGAGAGAGAGAGAGAGAGACCAUGUCUCCUACGAAUUAUUUUUACCGGUUACAUUUGUAUAUACGGGGAAUCGAAGGGCUCGUUUUCGGGGUGCGCCUUGGCUUCUUGAAGACUCGAUCCAUGUUUAUACUUUUUUCUUCUUUUACAGAAAGAACAAUGAUGUAACAUGUCGUAAGUGCGACAGAGAUGACAGAAAGCGGCGCUCGCGAUCCUCAAUUUUGCAUUUUGCAAGAUAAUUGGCUGUGUUAUUAUUCAUGAGACUGUAAUUUAUAGCAUUCGCCCUCGAUAUCGUAUCGUACGGAUUGAGUGAAAAAAUGGCGUUAAACUCGUUUUGAAAACCAUUCGCGAUUUCGAGUCCGAUCUACCCUGAAAAUUAGCUUUUCGGUCACACGCGAACUGAAUUCGCAGUUUCACAGCGGAUCGCGACCACGUUCGCGAUGGCGCCGGAAUUGCGGCUCAAUUUCUUACUGAUGCGUUAUGCUGUAACCGUAAUCUCGGCUCGCAUAUUACAAUUGCAGAAAUUGCCACGUCUCGGGAACAAGAUAGCGAUAGUUUUCACUGCAUGAGAGAGAGAGAGAGAGAGAGAGACAGAGAGGGGAGUGAACGAGUGAGUUAGUCCGACGAAUUUGCCAGCGACCAAAUAGUGCCAGUGGCAUGCAACUUUGUCGGGGUAUGUGCAUGUGUGUGUGUGUGUGU